GGUGGAUUUCGCUUGAUUAUUUGAAAUUUUUAGUGAGGGCGGCAAAUCCCGCCGUCUAGAGCAACAACCUCUAUGCGAUUCACAGGUAAAUUCAAUACGUCAACCCCGGAGACCAUUCGCAACAACAAAAGUUCGUCGGCAUAAAACGAAACAAACAUGGCAGAUAUUGAUGACGGUACAUCUGCACCAGCGGAACCUCUUGAUUUGGUGCGACUUUGUCUCGAUGAGGUUGUUUAUGUAAAAUUGAGGGGAGACAGAGAAUUGAAAGGAAGGCUACAUGCUUAUGAUAGUCAUUGCAAUUUAGUAUUGGGGGAUGUGGUGGAGACAAUUUACGUUGUGGAGGAGAGCGAGGACGAUGAUGGGGAGGAGAUCGUAAAGACGGUUGUUAAGAAAUCCGAGAUGUUGUUUGUUAGAGGCGACAGUGUUAUACUUAUCUCGCCCAGAUCCUCAUAAAAUCAAAUACCGAUAUGCUAUUACCCAACGAAAACGAGAUAUCGUUCUAGGAAAGAAAGACCGCGAAGGUCGGAGGAUGAGAGAACGAUACGGCAGGCAAAAAGGGGCGAAUUCCACCAAGAUCUAGCCGCAAAUUCCAAAUUCGAGGACCUUAUAGGCCGGGAAGGAUAGAUAGGCGCGAGACGGAAGAACAAAUAAUACAUGUAACAAUUCCAGCCAAGAUACCCGGGCUCAGGCUCAGACAGACGUGUGACUGUGUAGUGCCGUAGGUAUUCGAUUGCCACCUGGCGUAUACUGGCAUAUCUGCGAUUGUAUGGCUGCUCUAAUCCCUACAGAGCUCA